UGGAAUUGUAAAGCGCUUUGAGGGUCUCACAAAGUGCUAUAUAAAUGCAGUCCAUUAUUAUUAUUAUGUCUGUUUUGAAAAUGGAGUAGAAAGCACACACAUUUGUUUGAGAAUGUAGGAAGUAAAAGUAAAAAGCAGUCAGAAAAAUAAAUACUCAAGUAAAGUACAAGUACCUGAAAGUUCUACUUAAGUACAGUACCAAAGUGCUCUUCCUUCGUUACUUUCCACCUCUGGGAAAGUUUUAAGAUGGGCAACAGUUGCCUAGUUGGAGCCAAGUAUUAGUGACAAAGAAGAUGUCUAUAUUUGGGGAGGUUAUGUCACGGCAGGGGGGGACAGGCUCAAGUGCAAACAGAGAAUCCCAGUUAAACAGUUCUUUAUUUACAACGCCAGGUGCUCAAUACACAAGUGGGGGAAAGGUUCCACGGGGAGGUUAGGGAAAACGGGAUCUUCACACUUGCACAUGCCAUGCCAAACUGCAAACACUCACGCUCAGGGUUCCGAGAUUCAGUAUUACAAGACAGGUCCAGGCAUUCUAUGUACAGAGAUGAGAAGUCACUCCAAGAAGAUGCACAAAGGCACACAGAAGUUUGCAGAGUCCAGCGAUGAGUAAUUCAGAGCCACUGCCUUAUGAAGUGGCCAGCAAACAGAGUGAUGAACCACAGGUAAGUAAUUAUCUGCAGGUGCAUGGACCAAAGGCAGGAGCCCAUGAUGAGCUCCACCCAGACAGAGUGAUGCGAGUGAAAGAGAGAUAAAAGUAAUCUUCCAGGUCUUCACAGACUAAAUGUUCAGAUUUAAUAAAUAAAUGCAUUAAAUUUGAACGUCUGACUAUAAAACUGGUCUCUGUGUCCUGCUGCUAAAUGUGGACUCUGAGACAAACACGCAGCAUGCAGUUAAUUUGUGUUUCUGUUUGUUUGUUCUUAUAGUUUCCCAGCAUGCCCUGGCUGUGGUUGUGGAGGUAUAUGAAGGGGAAAGAUCUGUCCUGCUGCCCUGUCUGUUCUCAGGUUACAUACCUGAAGAGCCCACAGUGAUGUGGACUCGCUCUGAUCUUCAUCCCAAAUCUGUCCAUGUACGACAAGAAGGAAGAGAUGAUCUUACAGGACAAAACCAGCGUUACAGAGGGCGCACAUCAAUGAGGUCUGAGGCUCUGGACACUUCAGACUUCAGCCUCACUCUGAGAAAACCAACAAAGACUGACAGUGGCAACUACACCUGCUCCAUCAGUGAUGGGAGAGGAAAAUGGAGACUGGGAGAUAUACAGCUGCACGUCAAAGACCAGAAGGUGAAGGUGAAGGUGGAGGAAGGCUCAGAAUCUGUCAUCCUGCCCUGCAAAACAAAAUCUGACCUGCCUGAGGACACCACAGUGGAGUGGACUCGCUCUGAGCAAGAACACAUGGUGGCCCAUGUGUAUUCAAACAGGAGUGAUCACCUUAAGAACCAGGACGACCUUUACUGUGGUCGCACAAAGAUGAACAAAGACCUGCUGAGAACUGGAGACCUCAGUCUGACCCUGAAAUACCCCACAGAGAGAGACAGUGGAGGAUACAUCUGCACCAUCUACAGGGACAAUGACAUCCUGAGACAGAAAGUAGAGCUGCAGGUCAAAGAACGGUUUCCAUCCUGGGCCAAAGCUCUCCUGGUUCUCCUGGUUCUUCUUGUGGUUUCUGGAGGACUUUUAUUUUAUUUCCGGCACUAUUUCAUGUCAGGUGAGUGUCUCCUCCUACACUACCCAUAAUGCUGAUGGUCAGCAGGUGUCCUCUGGUGGCUCCUUGACUGUGGCUCACACAAACUUGUUCCAGAAGCUGAAAGAGUUGAGAGUUACAAACAGCUGAUACAGAGAGCUGAAGAGAAACUUCCAGGUUUGUUCCAGAAGUCAGAAAACCUCCUUCAGACUCAGUCAUUGAUCAGUGAAACAGCUCCACAACAUGACUUUACUAAACAGUGUGUGUGCUUCACUGCAUUGAUCUGACACAGUGGCUGUGUCCCAAUUUAGGGUCU